AGUCUCCAAACAAAAACAAUUGGUGGACUAACGUAAUCUUCUAAUUGGAACAGAAGUCAUGGCAAAACUACUGUAUUCGUACAUGUUCAUCUGCAUGUUUGUUCUGACAGGCUUCUUGGCCUUUUCAAGUGCAAAGCUAAAAACAUGUACUUCGGCCUUUCCGCUUCGCCACCCAUGCGAUCUUGAAUCAUGCAUAAAUGAGUGCUUUCGACUAUUCAAGACUGGAUUUGCAAGUUGUAGCAAAAACAAAGUUCUUUGCUUUUGUGAUUACAAUUGCAAAGCUUAAUUGGACAUAUAUACUCCACAUGUAUGUGAUGUUCUUAACUAGAGCAAAUUACU